CUUUUGAAUCACCACUGUUCUUUGAAUUCGUUCAUGCUCGUUCAUGCUCGCUCACUGCUCUGCACGACGAGCAGUCAACAUUCUUCACCGACCAUGCUGGACAGUCCAACCUCGUAGCCCACUCCACUUCCAAAGACGAACGCUCGUUAGCAUCGAGACAUUUACAAAUGGGUUUCUGGAUCUAGCCACCGCUCUACCUUUACCUCCGUCCUUACCUCCGUAUUCCACGACUAUCAUCAUCUGCACGGUCGUUUCGCGUCUCAUCUUGACCGUACCAUUUUCAAUAUGGGCAAAGCAAAGACAGCGGCGCGCGGAGGAAGAGGUCAUGCCCAUAAUCAACUCUUUAAAAUCUGGUGUAUCAAAACUAGUUUUCGCGGAAAUGCAAAAAGCUGGUGUUCGCGGUACGAAGGAACAAAUACAAGCAGCCCAUGGCAAACGCGUCAAGCAACUCUUGACCAUACGUCGAAAACAACUCUUCUCGAAAUACCGCUGUAGUCCUGGACUGACGAUGGCGGUACCUGUUAUCACACAGCUCCCGCUGUUCAUGGGGUUUUCAAUAGUGCUCAACCGGUUGUCGCAAGCACCCACUCCAUUUGACUCCGAGUCAUUCUUGACGCUCUCCACCCUCGCGCACGCAGACCCUACAGCUACCCUUCCAAUUGCGCUAGGUCUCAUCACUCUAGCCAAUGUCGAAAGUUCACGCUGGUUCAUAACCGAGGAGCAACGCGAGCGGCAGGAAAAAGUUCAGAAGUGGAAAGAAGAUCGCGUUGCACGAGGGGAGACGGUCAUCGAGCCUCAGAAGAUCAUUAAAUCUGCGUUGAGAGUGAUCUCUAUUGGCCGUAUCGUUGUCGCGACCAUGGUGCCAGGAGGCGUCGUUCUCUACUGGGUCACCUCAGCUACUUUUGGUUUGGUGCAGACAUGGAUCAUGGACUAUUGGGAACUACGGAGAAAGCAAAAGCUAGCUUUGGUAUCUCCUAAAAAGACACCAGCAGCCAAGCAACGAUGAUGUCGGUUUGCACCGCUGCAUGCAUGGAUAUUGGUCCGAGGCCAAGUCGAUCUGUCUGGAUGGUUGGUUCAGGUGGCUAAUGGGCUUCGGGAAAAUACCACAUGCGGUCGAGAAUGCGAUUAUCAUCUCCUAGAGAAUACUAUUAGAAACUAGGGCUUUGGAUACCUUACAUGUAUUAUUGUAACCAAGUAAGACCUCAAAUAUUAGCACAGCCACAAGG